GAAAGGAAAGUGAGCAUUCCACAGCUCUCCUUAUCACUUUAACAUCACCUUUUGAAGCAACAUCACGUUGAUCUUCGUCUGUCGAUGAAUGCACGCUGAUCACUGACCGCCCUGCCCUCAGCGCUUGUCGGGCAACAGGGAGGCUCCGGCAUGAGUCGCGGCAGCCUGUUCCAGCGUGCGCCUAUCCCCGAGGCCAAGUUCCAGAAAACGGAGGAUGUGACCAAGGAGAGAGAUGCAGACGGCAAGAAGCGAAUCAACCAAUACGUCGUAGGGGAGCUGCUGGGGCAAGGUAGUGGGGAAGGGGCCUGCAUGGUGUGAUUCAUGGGACGAAGAAAUGCAACAACUCCUUCCAUGUUUGCUUCUCCUCUCUGUGUGUGGUGUGGUCAGGUACGUUUGGGCGAGUGAAGCUCUGCCACGACACAGUCACGGGGAAUCGAUACGUAAGUGGGCUCACAAGACCGACAUGUGCUUGACCCGACGACCCAGGGCCGUCCGCCACGUGUGUCUUGUUGGCAUGCGUCCAUCCAUCAGGCGAUGAAGGUCUUCAGGAAGCAGCAGCUGAUGCGCAAAAAGGACUUCCAGAACGAGGGACCGGGCCGCGGCAUGAGUGUAACCACACGCAGCAAUCGAUAUGUACAGAUUGGAUCGUGCACGGACCCGUGGGUGUGUUUGGUGUGUGCAGGUGACGACGGCCUUGUCCAAGGUGUACAAUGAGAUUGAGAUGAUGGAGAGCUACAGCUGCCACCCGAGAUGCGUCAACCUGGUGGAGGUGCUCGAGCACCAGGACUCACAGAAGAUAUACGUCGGUAAGUGCGUACGCAACACAGACGGACCCACAAAUGGAUGGAUAAUGAAUUCAUCCACGAUCUCUCUCCCCCUCUCUCUCUCUCUCUUGCCUGUCUUUCUGGCCCUUUUUAGUCAUGACGUUAGGUGAGGUCGGCAGCCUGCUGACUUAUGACGAGUGUGAGGGCACCUACACCGCCCCAGUGCCUGGCGAGUGGAUCCCUGCCUCAUCCCAGUCCACCCAGUGCUCCUCCCGCUCAUCCACCAGCAGAGGCAGAUCCCUGGCCAUUCCCGAGCCCAUCGCCAAAUGCUUCAUCAAGGACGCACUCGAGGGGAUCGCACACUGUGAGUGAGGGGAGGACACAUGGGGGGUGCCUUGGGUGGCAGACCACACCCCUGUAUGGUCUCUGUUUUGGGUGUGGUGUGGAUGUGGUCAGUGCACGAGCACGGUAUCGUGCAUCGGGAUAUCAAGCCCGACAACUUCUUCAUCACCACUCAGGGCAGGGUGCUGCUCGGUGAGGAAAAUGAUGGGCAGCAAGACGUCAUCUCAUCCAUGUGCCCUCCCUCCCUCUGGCUGCUCAGGUGACUUCACUGUUGCGUCCAAGGUGGACGAGCACGGCCGCGUGAGGGGGACAGAGGGCACCUACUCGUUCAUGCCGCCCGAAUGCUGCACACCGACCGACGGUAUGCGAAAAGGGGACACCUAAACUGUUUGUAGGCUCUCCCCUGCGUUGUGUGUUCGCUUCAGAGAGUCAGGAGUACUCGGGUCACGACGGCAGGGCGGCAGACAUGUGGGCUCUGGGCGUCACGGUCUGGGUAAGAAAGGAUCCCAAACAACACUCACGGACAUGCACACACACAGAGCCGUGAAUGUCCGGCUUGUCUUAUUCGUGUGCAGGUGGUGUUGUUUGGCAGUUUGCCCUUCCAGAAGGCCAACCUGAAGGAGCUGUUCGAGAGCAUCGCCGAGUGCCAGUACCGCAUCCCCCCAGACGCACCCGUCAGCCCUGAGGGUCUUCACUUCAUCCAGGCCGUUCUCGUCAAGGACGCCACCAACAGACUCACCGCCAAAGACGCACUGGUCAGCUGAACAGUCUGGGUCACAAGACAGACGAACGCGAAACUAUCUUCACGCGUGUUACUUGUAUGUGUGUCAGGCUCAUCCGUGGGUCAGCACGGCGGACUUUUCGCAGCUGCCGGCCUACAUCGAGGCGGCGCUGAAGGUGAAGGAGGAGCGGGCCAAGAAGGCGGCCGAGGACGCCUCGGUGUCGGGUAGCUCCUCAUUCACCGGCAUCCUCAGGCCAUGACCACAGCGUGCCGACGUGCACGCGGCUGUGCGUAUGUCAUUUGCUUAUUCGGUGCAUGCCCUCGAUCGGCGGACGGUAUUUGUUGUGUAUCUGUGUAUCUGUGUGUGUAUGAGUGCGAGCAUUGGUGGCGAGCGGGCAGGGCGGGCAUCCGAUAUUGGUGCGAUGCUAAGUGGGUGGCUGGGUGGGUGGCUAAGCGGGCGGGUGGUGGCAAAGUGAGUGUGUA